CAGCCUUUUCGCGGAAGUUGCGGUUUUCGGACGCAGCCUGUCUAAAUUGGGAUCACGCGAUGAACCAGUAUGGCGUACCAGGAAGCGGAGUCGCUGGAGUCCUGGCUCAACAAAGCCACCCACCCCACGAACCGACAGGAAGACUGGGAAUAUAUCAUUGGCUUUUGUGACCAGAUUAACAAGGAACUAGAAGGUCCUCAGAUAGCUGUUCGUCUGCUUGUGCACAAAAUCCAGUCGCCGCAGGAGUGGGAGUCAAUGCAGGCGUUAACUGUGCUGGAGGCAUGCAUGAAAAACUGUGGGAGAAGGUUUCAUAACGAAGUAGCCAAAUACAGGUUUUUAAAUGAACUCAUCAAAGUCCUUUCACCCAAGUACAUGGGAGACAGUGUCUCAGAGAAGGUGAAGACUAAGAUUAUUGAAAUGCUCUACAGCUGGACUGUAGCUUUUCCUAACGAGGCCAAAAUAAGUGACGCCUACCAAACCCUGAAGAGGCAAGGACUCAUCUCAUCAGACCCUGAGCUGACCGCAGACAAGGCUCUGAUCCCAUCCCCACCUUCUCGACCCAAAAACCCCGUGUUUGACAACGAGGAUAUGGGCAAGCUGUUGGCAGAGCUCCUGCGAAGUAAGAACCCUGAAGACCUGCAGGAGGCCAACAGACUAAUCAAGAACAUGGUGAAGGAGGAUGACGCCCGGGUGCAGAAGCGGACCAAGCGCAUGAACACGCUGGAGGAAGUAAACAACAACGUGAAGCUGCUGCGCGAGAUGCUGAGCCACUACGACAAAGACGGGUCAUCAGACGCUGACCGUGAGCUCAUCAAGGAACUGUACGAGCGCUGUGACAAGCUGAGGCGUACAGCUUUCAAACUGGCCACCGAGACAGAAGACAAUGACACUAGUUUAGGGGACAUCCUGCAAGCCAAUGACGACCUGGCGAGAGUCAUCAGUUUGUAUAGAAGGAUCGUGCAGGGAGAGACUGAUGGAGAGCAGAGUGAGGAACCCGGGCCAGCUCCUGAGGAAGGAUGUGAAACAACAGGCACAUUGAUUGAUCUGGCUGGCUUGGAUGAACCCUCUCCCCCUCAGACAGUCUUGCCCUCUCAAGCCUGCAGUGUCUCCUCGACCAAUCCGCUGGCCGCCACUAUUCCAGUGCUCCCACCUCCUCCUCGUCGAUUGGGUAGCAGCCAUGGAGGUCAUGCCAGUCAAACCAGCAGCCCCAAUCAUAAAGCCUCUGACCAAUCAGCAUCUCUCUCUCUGCUUGAUGAUGAGCUUUUGUCUUUAGGUUUGACUGAGCCUCCCCCGGUGCCGAGCAGACCCCGGCUGAGAGAGCUGUCCACCCAGUGGACAUCCUUACAGGCCCCUGAUCCUGGGAUGGACAUGUUCACCACUGCAGGGGGACCCAACUCCACCUUUCCUCCAGCGCAUGCCUCCAUCCUCCCUGCCCGGCCCACGCCCUCCUCCACAGCCAGCCCGGGGCUGCUUGACCUCUCCGUGCUGAAUUUCAAAGAUAUAACGAGUCAGAGUGCUGUCCCUGCCGACAGAGGUUUGGGUUUCUUGGGCGCUGCUGUGAUGUCCACGCCUGCUUCACUCUCCUCCUCCAACCCCUUCCUCAGCUUGGCACCGUCCGGCUCACCUGUCCUCCCGCGGGUCGCCCAGAUGGGCCAGUCCGCCCCGGGCAGCCCGCUGUUCCGCCCAGCACGCUCGCCCCUGCACUCCCUGCAGGGAAGCCCCGCACGAGGACUCGAGCAGUCCCUGGCCGGCGUCUACGUCCCGAUGGACUCCAUCAAGACCAGCAAGGCGCUGCCCGUGACAGCAUACGACAAGGACGGCGUCCGCAUGCUGCUGCACUUCGCCACCGACUGUCCCCCCGGGAGACCCGACGUCCUGGUCAUUGUGGUGUCCGUGGUCAACACAGCGGCUCUGUCUGUGCAGAACGUAGUGCUGCAGGCAGCCGUGCCAAAGUCUAUGAAGGUGAAGCUUCAGUCUCCGUCAGGAUCAGAGCUUGCCCCGUUUAACCCUGUCCUUCCUCCGUCCUCCAUUACACAGGUCAUGCUGCUGGCCAACCCCCUGAAGGAGAAGGUCCGUUUGCGUUAUAAGCUGAUGUUUGUGCUCGGGGAGAGGCCAUACUGUGAGGUUGGAGAGGUAGUCCAGUUCCCUCCAGUAGAGACAUGGGGAGCCCUCUAGAUCCAAGCUUCCAGCACCACACACACACACACACACACACACACACUCCACCAGAGUUAUGGUGCGCUCAUCCCUGUACCAAUCUUGCACUGUCUCUCAGUUAACUGUAAAACCUCCUGGGUUUAUUUGUGUAUAAGUUGCUGUUUUAUUUACUCUGUGACUCGCAUUAUAAGUAUUAACAUUGAACUAAAGAGGUAACGCAUUAAUCCAAAGCCUGUAAUCUCCCACCAUGUACAAACUCAGUGGGAUUAGAGAUUACCUGCACCUCGACAUGGAGUCUCCGCACAGAGAGAGAUUACUUGAUUAUCAAUGACACAGGGUCUCCGCACAGAGAGAGAUUACCUGCACAUCACCGACACGGACUCACUGCGGUAGACGUACACCUGACUCCAGCUCCUCUGUCUCCACUCCGUGAUCUCAUGACUACUGAAGACAAGCGUUCACUGUUAGCCAUCUGAGAGUGAGCCGCUUUGUAGAACAAAACCAGGUCACGGAGAGUGACUCACCCGCUACAGGUGUUCCUGCCCCCGAGACGAACACUGUUGGUGGUCCUCGUCUAGAGAGGAAGGGACCGUCUCACGGACGGGAUGCCUAUAACUGGAAUAUAGGUCCCUCUCCAUGGUCUGCCUUCAGUGCGAAUCAAAGCAGGUGGUGUUACGUUUUCACCUCAUGUCAUUUAAGAUUUAGGGUUCAUUUUAAUGGACUGUUUUAUAUUUAUUAAUGUACAGUGCAAUAUAUGUUUGUUUUAUUAUAGGAACUAUUUUUUUGUCGGUGCAGGAACGAGUUUGAGUGUGACGCUCUCGGGCUGUAUGUCCUCCCCUGGAAAGUUGAGCUUUCAUGAUGAACGUUCCCUGCGUUUACAGUUACAGGCUUCUAUCGUUUAGACCCACAGAUGUUGUCUUGGGCAGUACAGAAUGUUAAUAAGUGGUUUAACAAGAUAGAGGAAAUGAAAGAAUACUUUGGCCAAACAGCCUAAUGCGUUUUGAUGAGGCUUUGAAGUACAGUAGUCAGAGUUUACAGACUUGUACAGAAUGGUUUGACAAUUAGGUGUACGUUGGCUGCUAGCUCUCUGACACGACUUAACAUUUAUCAUCACAGACGUGUUGCAUGCGCCAUGCACCAGAGGAAGAGGGAUCAGACUCUUAAAUGAACAGCAGUCUAAUUCAGACUCCAUCAAACAGAAUAAGAUCAGAUUGGAUUUACAUCACGCUUGUCUGAUGACCUGACUUGCAGUCACAUUGCAUUUUACGUUUUGGUUCAUAACGGACUGUGUUGUGUAUUUUUAAUCUUAGUUUUGAUUCUGAAGUUCAGUGGAUAUAUAACCUAUGAAAACCUGGACACAAACUACAGUGUUUAUACAGACAACUGGAACGUUGAUGUAAACAAAACAAUGCCCAACAAACUACCAAGUCAGAUUUCUACUCCUUAUCCAAACCGACCUCACAGGUCCGUAUGAACGCAGGAGAUCCCAUGGUGCAGUGGCUUUGCGAAGUACAGGUGUGAGAAACGCACCAGAAAAAGGACCCUGUCCUCACGCUCCAGAAGGGCUGACAACGUGAGGCGUGAACACAAGCCCCUCCUCACAGGAUCCAGACUGGAGGGGUCCUCGUGUAUAUAACAUGUAUGUGUGUGCGCCGUAUAUGCUCGUGUUAUGUGAGUCCUGAGCUUGUAAUGUGUGGUCUGUUCACUCGCAUGCAGUAUUAAAGGAUGUCUUUUAGAACAGA